AUGGCAGAUGGAAGCAUUAAGCUCAAGGAUCCAUAUGGAUUCCAUACCUGCUGCAAUUUUGAUCAUGUUAAUUGCGGGACGCCGAAGAAAUUUUUCUCGUACGACAAAAGCAGAGGCGCCUGCAAGCCAGUCUUUCUCCGCCGACUGUGCCCGGAUUUACUCGAUGAUCUCCUCGCUGUCAAGGACCACCUGAACCUGUUCUCCCGCCGCGACGAUUGCCGUUCCAUCUGCACACCCGAGCUGAUUUCAACGACUGAUGUUCCUGCGUCCCAUGAGGCUCUAGAGCCAGAAGAAUCAACAAACGACAUGGAAGCAGCAAAUAACGAAAACAGCUUCGGUGGAUUUGAGAUUUUGGAAUGGCGCGGAGUAAACAGAAUGGGUCCAUCAGGAGGCAUCAAUCCAAAUAACCACUUCAGUCCCUUCGCCAGUAUCUAUUCGAUUAUGCAGCCGUAUUUCGUCGGGGACAGACCGUCUUUCGGGGGCUCAAAUGAAAUGGAAAUGAUGCAGUUCGAUGCCGUUCCAGUUGGAACUUUGGAACAAGAAAAUCCCUGCCACUUGCCGAUGGACAAAGGAUAUGCUCAAAUUCUCAGAAAAACAGCCAUGUGGUAUUUUAACUCAAAAUCGGGCGAUUGCGAGUCAUUUCUUUGGAGAGGAGCGGGAGGCAACAAUAACCGAUUUGUCACUUAUCAGAUGUGCGCAAAAGUCUGCAUGAAAAAUGACGACGAGGAUAAUGCUCUUGUCCCCAGCAGCGCUAGAAGACUCAAUUUGGCGCCGAAAAUGAUGGAUAUUUGCGACCAGAGUCCGCCGAAAUCUUCUUGUGGAUUCGCCAACAUGGCGACGCGCUUCUAUUUUGACAAAAGCGACGGCAAGUGCCACAUUUACCUCUCGACGGAGUGCCAGUUUUGCAAGCUCGGAAAUUGCAAUUCCUUCGCGACAAAAGACGAGUGCAAAACUGCUUGUAUGAAGAAGCGACCCUGA